GUGACGUAACAAACCUUCUUGGUAACCUGUGUAUUUAGACAUGGCGGACACUUGGCGGUGCCUGUGUAGUCAGUCGGAAAUUGCUUGCCUUUGACGCGAUCAUCACGGCAGGACAUCAGACGACACACGGGCAUCUGCCAAAGGAAGAAUGCACACCGGUUGAGCAUCAAAGAGAAAAGCUGAAUAAGAACCUCCAGUUCUAUGCAUCAGAAGGGAUGACGAGGAAAGAUAAACGAAAAGAUAAAGCCCAGAAAACUAAAAUAAGAUUCUUAGAACAGCAGCCUUUAAAAUUUACAGGUGCAAUAUGUCCCUUAAACCUUGAGGAGCAAAGGGAACGCUUCCUCAAGCAUGGCAAACUACCUCAAUUUGUCCUCAAAGGGUCAGAGGAUGAAAUUGAGCAGUUGUACCAUAAAGCCAAAAACCAAAUUCGAUUUGAUUUAUUUGGUGAAGCUGAGUAUAUACUGAAGUCAGUGAAGGAGAAAUAUGGUGAUGCAGAGAAAUACAUAACAAAGCAGUAUGGAGAGAGAAUUUCCAAAGAGCAGGCUACAGAAGUCCUCCAGGAUUACAUCAAAGAACACAAUCUUGAUGGAGCCAUGAGUAUAAUUUGGUGCAAUGAUAUGGCUGCCAGUGCACGGAUGAUGUGGGUUGGUCCAAAUGUUAAGUCCAAUAAACCUGAAGCUAGGAACUUUUCCUUUUGGAUAAGAAAUUCCACAGACAAUGUGUACAUCACAGAACAUGGGAUUCGUUGUCUGGCCAACCAUGAGAUCGGCACCCAUUUUUUUCGUGCCUUCAAUGAUGGCCUUCAGCCCUGGUACAGUGACCGUCGGAGGUUUGGUAUCAAGGGUAUGGGUAGUCUAGAACACAUGCGAGCAGAGGAAGGCCUGGCAGCCAUACAUACUAUCCUUGAGGCAAAGGAACGCUUCCUGUGGGGGCCUGCCAUGUUGUAUUAUACUGCCUGUAAAGCCAGUGGAAUGUCAUUUAAACAGCUCUUUGAUCACCUGGGAACAUUCAUAUCCAGUAAAGAACAGCGAUGGAAGUACUGUAUGAGAGUGAAGCGAGGUCUUGUCGAUCCAAAUGACAUUGGAGGCUAUGGAAAAGACCAGUGUUACUUUGAAGGUGCUGUUGAAAUCCUGAGAAACGUAGAUACCAUUGACUUUGGUGUGAUGAUGAGUGGAAAGAUUUGCCCGGAUGAAAUUUCAAGAUGUAAACGAGUUGCACGCCUCGAUUGUCUUCGUGUUCCAGCUUUUAUGAAAAAUGAAAAGAAGUAUAAAAAACAGCUUCAUGCCAUUGCUAACCUCAAUGGUUUAAACCAAGUCCAUCCCAAGAGUUCGCCACCAGCUGCAUACAUUCAAAGGCUAAAGAGAGGCAGACGCAUUGGACCAGCAAGCAGUAGUGGAAAGUACAAAAAGGCUGUUGGUUCUUGUGAUGGUAAAGAACCGGACUGGGACUACAGUGGAUACAGUUCGAGUUCAGAUAAGAAGAUAAGCUGUUGGCCCCUCCGCAUUAUUUGCAAGUAGUCAGUUGCCCUGCAUGCUUUGUAAUACCCCGAGUUAUCUUACAGUGCCACUACAGCCCCUGUGUGGCAUGGACUGCUAUUAACAUGAUGGAAUGUAUUGCCAGAGAUCAUAGAAUUGCCAUAGAGGCAAUAUUAAGAUAGAAGAUUUGAAUGUGCCAAAGUAUUACUAACUAGACACUUACAUAGCUAGGUUGGAUAUAUUAUGUAUAAUGUAAUAGGAUAUCACUCAUUUAAAUCAAAUAUAUAGAAUAACAAUUGUGCCAAGUUUAUCCUGUAUAUGACAUCAAUAUUUCUUUUGAGUCAAAACAUUGAUGCUAUGUAAGUCUGUUAAAUGUGUCAAGGAUGCUUUAUAAUUUUGUUUUUGUUUUUGUUUUUUUGCUGUUAAAUUUUUAUCAUUUUGUUAUACUUGAAUAUAUAAGAUACCCAUAUUUCCCAUAAGGUAUUUGAUAACAAGUUUGCUGUAUGGAUUUUUUUCUUUCAUUUACAUACACACAUUUUAUACAGAAUACUUGCAACAGGUCAAGAACCACAACAUUCAUUAAAGAUUACAAUUUAUCGCUGUGCUGGAUUCUUUCCUCUUUGGUGGUACAUGUAUAUCUGUAAAUGUAGACUAGAUAAUGUAGAUCUACUAAAAAUGGUCAUUUCUGACUGGUUUAAUAACACUGAAAGUAUAUUGAUUAAUAUAAAGAUUAACUUGAUUUUUUUUUUAUGAAAUUGUAAAAUCAGUUUCAGGUGUUGAACAAAUUAAUAGGCGAAAAUUAUUACUUCAAACAAUAAAUUAUUUUUCAGGAUGCAGGAUUGGUACCCAGAUGCAGUGGUUUUACCAAAUCUAAACACGACGCAGGACUUUUGCCACCGUCUUUAAAACUAGUAAAAUCUACUUUACAGGAUGCAGGUCUUGUUCCCCCUCCCUGUAAAGGGAGCAAGCUUUCUUGGCGCUCCUCCAUCUUCAAACGCAUGUGUGACCGAAGUGAUAGAAAAAUAGGAACAUGCUAAUUUCAUGUCGUAG